GCAUUUUAUUUUAUAAAAGGUCAAAUUCACCGAAAAUUUCAACUACUCUACAAAGAACUUUAUCCCCAGAAGCCAAUUUUGAAUAAGUGGUUCACCUGGGCUCCCUAAAGCCUUAAGAAGUGCAGCCCAGGCUGCAGUGACCACUGCUUCCCGACCCAGGCAUUGCAGCCAGAAGCAGCAGGAUGGGAUUUUGGAGCACCUACCUGCUUUUCUGCCUCUUCUCCUUCUUGUCCCAGGUCACUGCAGAGUCACCCACCCCCAAGACCAAGAAAGCCACAAAUGUCAAGAAAGAUGUGGUGAGCCCAAAGAUGUUUGAGGAGCUCAAGAACAGGCUGGACAGCCUGGCCCAGGAGGUGGCCCUGUUGAAGGAGCAGCAGGCCUUACAGACCGUAUGCCUAAAGGGCACCAAAGUAAACCUGAAGUGCUUCCUGGCCUUCCCUCAGCCGAAGACCUUCCAUGAGGCGAGCGAGGACUGCAUCUCCCGUGGGGGCACGCUGGGCACGCCGCAGUCGGGGCUGGAGAACGAGGCUCUAUUCGAGUACGCGCGCCAGAGCGUAGGCAGCGAGGUGGAGAUCUGGAUGGGCCUCAACGACAUGGCCGCGGAAGGCGCCUGGGUGGACAUGACCGGCGGCCGCCUGGCCUUCAAGAACUGGGAGACGGAGAUCACGGCGCAGCCCGACGGCGGCAAAGCCGAGAACUGCGCCGCCCUGGCCGUAGCGGCCAACGGCAAGUGGUUCGACAAGCGCUGCCGCGACCAAUUGCCUUACGUCUGCCAGUUCGCCAUCGUGUAGCCUGACCCCUGCGCUAAGGGGCGCGGCCUGGGCCAGGGAGGG